GGUGUCUUACUGGAUGAGGCAGCAGGAUUGAACCAAAACCAGCCAGUGCUCCCUGCUAGGUUACAGCCGCCGCAGACAGUUGUUUCCAGCUGGAACCGCAAGGCAGGCGAAGCCCACGGGAGAGCUCAGACGGAAACCUUCCGGCUGCUUCAUGGCAAGAAUAUCUCCCGUCCACAACUUAGGUUUCAGGAAAAAGUUGACAAUUCCAACACUCCCUUUCUUCCUAAACUUUUUAUCAAGCCUAACGCCAUGAAACCUUUGCCAGAAGCACUUACAAAAAGUGGACGGGAGCGAAAGGAGCGCUGUGAAGACCUGGACAUCCCAGCUGCUUUGUCGGAUUUUGUACACCAGGAGAGGACACAGCAAACAGAGCAAGACAUAUUUGCACACCCUUACCAGUAUGAACUAGAGCAUUUUUCUCCACCAGAUCGACUUCUCCAGAAACCAGAACCCCAGAUGUACAGGCCCAUCAAGGAGACACCCUGUCAUUUUAUCACCACGCUGGACAAGCUGGUAGAACUGAAUGAGAAGCUGAUGAACUGUAAAGAAUUUGCCCUGGACUUAGAGCACCACUCCUACAGGAGCUUCCUGGGCUUUACAUGUCUGAUGCAGAUUUCCACCCGGACAGAAGACUUCAUUAUUGAUACACUGGAAUUGCGCAGCGACAUGUACAUUCUCAACGAGACCUUCACAGACCCUGCAAUUGUGAAGGUCCUUCAUGGUGCUGAUUCAGAUGUGGAAUGGCUGCAAAAAGACUUUGGUCUGUACUUGGUGAAUAUGUUUGAUACUCACCAAGCUGCUCGUCUCCUCAAUCUCGGCAGGCAUUCUUUGGACCACUUGCUAAAGUUGUAUUGCAGUCUAAGUGCUGACAAGCAGUACCAGCUGGCUGACUGGAGGAUACGCCCUUUGCCAGAAGAAAUGGUUCGGUAUGCCCGUGGCGACACUCACUACUUGCUCUACAUCUAUGAUAAAGUGAGGGAGGCGCUGUGGGAGACAGGGAACGAGCAGCCCACUCAGCUGCGGGUCGUGUGGCAACGCAGCAAGCAGAUCUGCCUGAAGAAAUACAUCAAGCCCCUCUUUUCAGAUGAAUCCUACCUUGAGCUCUACAGGAGACAGAGAGUACAUCUCAACACGCAGCAGCUAGCAGCAUUUAGGUUGCUGUUUGCGUGGAGAGACAAGGUGGCGCGUCAGGAGGAUGAAAGUACGGGAUAUGUGCUGCCAAAUCAUAUGCUAUUGAAGAUAGCAGAGAAGCUGCCCAAGGAACCCCAGGGCAUCAUUGCUUGCUGUAAUCCAGUUCCACCGCUGGUUCGCCAGCAGAUUAAUGAAUUGCAUCUUCUCAUUCAGCAGGCCCGGGAGAAGCCUUUUCUCAAGUUGGAGGUUGCUUCGGCAGUCAGGAAGAGACCCCCUCUGUCCACCCCUGAGAGGCUGGAGAAUCCCUUCUUCAGACCACAUGACAGCUCCCGGAUUCCUAUGGAUGAUGUUCAGGACAACUCUGCCUUGGAGCCUGCACCUUCAGACAGUGAGAGGACAGUGGAUAUUCAGGAUGUUCAGCCACAGUCAACAGGUCUUGCUAGUGCCACUGGCAGCAUAUUCAGUGAAUGUGAUGAAGAGGAAGGAAAUGCAAAGGCUUUAACCACUGCCCAGCAGAAAGCUAAGCGUAUAAUGCAGUCCUUCGAAAAUCCAUUUAGGAUGUACCUCCCCUCAGAACAGAAUCCUGCCUAUGUCUCACAGUCCGGAAAGUUCGACCCCUCUUCAAAAAUUUAUGAAAUCAGCAAUCAGUGGAAGUUGAUGGGCCAGACACAAGUGCAGGAGUCCAAGGAAGAAAUCAAAAGGAAAGCAGCCCAGCAGUCAGCUGCCCGUGACCAGGCACAGAAAGUGUAUAAAGAGGCCACAGAAAAUAUUUUGUCAGUUCGUCAGCAAGCUAUGCAGGAACAAGCUAGUGCGAAGAGAGAGAGAGCAGUAAGUGAAGUGGGAACAGAGUUGCCAGAACACGAGGAGAAACGGCCAAAAACCUCCCAGCAACCGGAGGAGCCGGAAGCACCAACGCAGUUCACCCCCUUUGAUUACAGCCAGUCCAACUUCAACGUGUUUGCGGGAAGCAGCAGAUGGCAGCAGCCCCCCCAGUUUGAUCCUGCCAGGCAAGCCUACUCAGGCAAGAAACCUGCUGGAGCUAACAAAUUUCAACAAUCCGGAAACCGAAGCAUGUCCUACCUGGCGCGGAAAGCGGACAGGGGCUCCAGGUACCACUGGCCAAAGAGGUAG